CAUACUGUUUAUCUCUCACUCUAAAACAGGCCACUUCCUCCCUGAGUUUCUAGCGUCUACGAGACAGGAUACUUUCGUUUCACAUUUUCUAUUUCGUAUUUCCUGAUUGAGAAAAGCUUUUUCUUCCAAAAAAAUGGUCUUGUUCAGAUGAGGCUGACUGGUUUUGGUAGGGAACUGGAAAAUUCCGUUGAGCUUUGAUUGCCAUUUUCAUGUUGGGGGAGGGUGGGGGGGCUUUUGUGUGAAUUUUCUAGCUUAUCACUGUAACAGCUGAUAAAUUGUCUUGUACAUCACCGAUUCAGAUUUUGAAGUCUGAACAAAUAACUUGGUCUUGCAUAUCUUUUGGAGUAGUUACUUGAUAUGGAAGCUUGUACGGAUUUCUUGGAUCUGCUCGAUUUCGACAUAUCGUUGAAGAUUCUAACGUAUUUGGAAGAUCCAUCUGAUCUUGUCCGCGUUAGUUCUGUCUCACAGUCUUGGCGAAAUUUUGUGAUUGCAAAUGGUCUUUGGAAGCAAUUAUGCUUGAGAAUGUUUCCUCAGUUAUCUAGAGUUGCCCAUGUUAUUGGGUUGAACAAAUGCAGAGCAACAGAGCCUGUAGAAGCUGGAUCUAGCCAUUCAAAGGAAUGGGAAUCUUUGGAAAGGAAUGAUAGGGGCUAUGCCCUUUUAGCUCGAGCUUGCACAUCAUUUAUUGUUAGGGAUUGCAUUUCAGAAGCAAUUAGUGCAUCUAGCACUGAUAAUUAUCCAGAGGAAAGCAUUGAUAAUACUCUUGCUGCACUGAGAGCUUCAUACUGGUCGAGUAAAGGACAGAGUAAUCCUGAGGUACCUGAGAGACUAACAUACAAAUUGGCUGAUGACUUUUGUGUUAUUACUGAAAUAAAUAUACGCCCUUUCCAAGCUUACUUUCAGAGGGGUGAGCCUAUUUAUUCGGCCAAAGAUGUGCGAUUUAGAAUGGGCCAUCUCAAGGGCCCUACAGAUGUAGGGAAUGAUCUUCUGGGUGACUUGUCCCCUGUUUCUGCUGAUGACAAAUUUAUAUGGACCUACACUUCACAAGAAUUUCCAAUGGCUCAGGAAAGUCGCUUACAGAAGUUCAAGCUUCCAGAACCUGUUCUUUGUGUUGGUGGAAUUUUGCAGAUUGAGCUGCUGGGUAGGGUACAGAGACAAGAAAUGGAUGGCUUAUUUUAUACAUGUAUGUCUUAUGUUCAAGUUAUGGGGCGGCUGUUAUCUCCAACGUUUGGUGUAGAAAUUCUUGAACCAUCUGGGAAAUUUGUCUUGGAGAUUAAGAAUAACACGUUGGUCGAGUUUCAACCCCAACCGAACAUACCAUCAGCUGAUCAGUUGGAGAGACGUUUCAGAGAUUUGCAGCAUAUUGCGUAUAUUGGUAAUAUAUUGCAGGGAAAUGUAGUAGUUGAUAUGGAUGAAUUUGAAAUGGGUGAAGAGGAAGCAAAUCUUUCCUGAAUUUGUUGAAUGUCUCCCCCUCCCUACCCUUUCCAUAUGAAGAAUGAAAGUCCUCUCCUUAGUAGUCUUUUUUUUUUUUUUUUUUUUUUUUUUUUUUAAUGUCGGGGAACCUCUUCAAGACAGGGCCUUUCGGACCCACUUCUAAAGAGUAAAUUCCAGUUCCGUGCACCGCACCUUCCCUACACGAAAAUAGUUAAUCUCGUCGGCAGUCUUUCUAUCAGGAGAUUAUGGUUCAUCCCUGUUUAUCUGCAUAUUUUGUAAUUAUUGCUUUCUACUAACAGUGCUGAUCUAAUUAAUGAACUUGUUG